AUGAUCCAAGGUGGGGCCCGACGUUUCCAGGAGGAGUUGGAAGUGUGGGACCCUUGCCUCCGGGAAUGCCACCAGGAGCUCGCUUUGAUCCGUUUGGUCCUCCAGGCAUCCCGGGCUUCGAGCCCGGCAGAUUUGGGGAUGGACGUCCAAGGCCCAGAGGUCCUCCAGGUGGAGGGGUUCAUCCGGACAUGCAACAUUUUCCAGGUUCAGAUGAUUUCCUCUAGAUCCUAG